AUGGUGUGGUCUGUAGCCUGGGCAGGUUUGAUGGUUCUGCUGGCGAUCCAGCGGGGCUCUGCGGCAAAACUGGUCUGCUACUUCACUAACUGGGCCCAGUACAGACAGGGGGCUGCUCGCUUCUUGCCCAAGGAUGUGGACCCCAAGCUGUGCACCCACCUCAUAUAUGCCUUUGCUGGCAUGAACAGUCACCAGCUCAGCUCCGUAGCGUGGAAUGCUGAGACACUCUGCAAGAAAUUCAACAGCUUGAAGAAGAUGAACCCCAAGCUGAAGACGCUGCUGGCCACUGGGGGCUGGAACUUCGGCACUCAGAAGUUCGUGGAUAUGGUGGCUAUAGCCAAUAACCGACAGACCUUUGUCAACUCAGCCAUCAGGUUUCUGUGCUAAUAUGGCGUUGAUGGUCUCGACCUUGACUGGGGGUACACAGGAAGCCGGGGGAGCCCUCCAUCAGAUAAGCAGUGCUUCAAAGCUCUGGUGCAGGCCCUGGCCAAUGCCUUUCAGCAGGAAGCCCAGGCCUCAGGGAAGGCACACCUCCUGCCGAGCACAGCUGUCCCAGCAGGACAACACUGCACAAAAGCUGGAUGCAAGGGGGACAACGUUGCUCUGAACCUGGAGUUCCUCAGCUUCGUGGCCUAUGACUUCCGUGGCUCUUGGGAGAAGAACACAGGGCAUAACCGCUCCCCCGACGAGAGACAGGGAGAGAGCGGGGCCGUGGCCGAAUUCAAUGUGGACUCUGCCAUGCAAUGGUGGCUGCAGAAAGGGACCCCUGCCAGCAAACUGAUCCUUGGCAUGCCCACCUAUGGGUGAUCCUUUACCCUGGCCUCUUUGUUGGACACCGGAGUGGGGGCCCAAGCCACGGGGCCUGGAACUCCUGGCCCCUUCACCAAAGACGGAGGACUCCUGGCUUACUGUGAAGUCUGCUCUUGGAAGGGGGCUGAUGAGCACAGAAUCAAGGACCAGAAGGUGCCCUAUGCCUUUCAGAGCAACCAGUGGGUCGGUUUUGACGAUGUGGAGAGCUUCAAAAUCAAGGUCAGCUAUCUGAAGCAGACGGGACUGGGUGGGGUCAUGGUUUGGACACUGAACAUGGACAACUUUGCUGGUUUCUUCUGCAACCAGGGCCGUUACCCCCUCAUCAAGAUGCUGCUGCUGGAGCUGAGUCGUCCAUAUAUGUCUUCAGGCCCCCCAGAGCCUGAAGCUCCUGCACCAGGCCAGCUCUCUGAACCUGAGUAUGGCUCCAGCCUCAGACAAGACAUCUUCUGCCAGGGCAAAGGUGACGGGCUCUACCCCAACCCUCUGGACUGGUCCAGCUACUACAGUUGUACAGGGGGGCGGUUGUUCCAGCAAAGCUGCCCGAGGAGCCUGGUGUUCAGCUCCUCUUGCAAAUGCUGCACCUGGAGUUGAGUCUCCAAGGCCCCUUCGGCCCCAGCACCUGGGCGAGGACCCAGGACCACUCCAUAGCCCACCUCCCCAGCUCUCCCUGGCAGUUGCAAUCUAGCUUCUUGUGUCUUUCCAUAUCCAAGCUUUCUGUUCUCAGCCUUGGUUUCCUCUUGUUCUGCUCUUCCUGGGCUGCCUAUUUUACUUGAAAAAUAAAUCUUUGGUUUGCACCCCACUGCCCCCAGAUGUGGUGACUUACAGAGGCUCUCUAAGCACUCUGUUAGUUCAAACUCUACCCUGAGGAAGGUAGGGAGACAAGAGGGGAGGGUGACAUAAGGCAUGACUAGGUCAGAGCCAGGUGAGAAGGCGAUCCAUUCAGGGUGUCAUGCUCUGCACCAGGUCUCACCUUGAAGACUCCACUUUCUAGUGGGCAGCUUCCAGGACACAGAUGAUCACAUCUGGGGCAUGGCCCUGGAUCUGACACAUUCUUCAUUGGCUCAGAACCCCUUGGAGAGAGAACUAUUCCUGGUGACCUCCAUUCAGGUGUUAUUCCCAAGAUGCUCACUAGAUGGCAGCAGAGAAGAGUUGUUCCCUGCCUUAAGGGCUCAGCGCACGGCCACUCUGCAUUAAAACGAGAAUCCAGACCCCCUGCUACUAAGCGCUCAUUUGACAGAUGAGGCA